UCAUCACAUUCCCCAGCGUGGAUGGGGCGCGCUGGGGCUCUUCGCCGCUCUCGAUUGGUUGGCGCGUUCCGCUAUUGGUCAGAGGCGCUGCCGACAAUUACCGUAAGCUCCAGAGCACAAUGACUCUACACCCUCAUCGUAUUUUAACUCGAAGUCUGCAGCCGCGUCAAAUAACCACGCGAUAUAUAUUUCGUGUUUACUGCGUGAAACUCAAUCUGCGUGUCUUCAUUGAUGAACACCGGUCGCUAUGUUUUUGGGCCCGGGUGCGUCUUUCACUUCCAGCGAAACCUCGCGUGAUUGAGCAAAUACGGUAAAUGCGGAGCUGCUGCUUAAGCGCUGUAUGGGAAUGAAACGCGUUGGGGUAAACGCACGUGGGUCACACAUCGACGCGGCGGCGAUGUUGGCAGGCCCGCGCACAGCGACGCUCCUCCCAACUCGCAACGUUUUAAUCGCGAUCUCGAGUUCACUCCCGAUCCCCCGAGAUCUGUUUGCCGUGAAAUCGGGCGAGCUCAUGCCGCUGGAGGACGACGUGACGGCGCUUUGCCAUGCCCAUUACGCGAAGGCCUUGCCGCGGACGGGCAAACCGGAGCGAGGCCGGGAGUGGACCUUGCUGGCGGCUGUCCUGCUCAGGCGGGGGCCCACCGCGCCCGGCAGGUCAGAUGCGCGUCUUGAAGUGGUGUCCAUGGGCACUGGAUCAAAAUGCGUCGGGCGAUCAAGCAUGAGCAAAGCCGGCGACGUUUUAAAUGACAGCCACGCCGAGGUCAUAGCACGGAGAGGAUUCUUGAGGUACCUUUACCACGAGGUCCGCCUGGCGCUAACCGGUGGGGAGAGUGCAGUUUUCACACCGUGCCCCGACACCGGCAAGUGCAUUCUGCAUCCUGGAGCUUCCUUCGUGUUCUACACCAGCCACACGCCCUGUGGGGACGCCUCAAUCGUGCCGAUGGAUGAAGAGACAUGGACACAGCUCCGGCUCAAGCGUUAUCCCACACCAACAUCUGAUACUCCAACCGUGAUGCCUGUACAAUCGGAGAGUGAUGACCAGGACCCUCGCAGCAAAAGAGACAUUGAAUUCAGCCACUCAGGAAAGAGAAAGACGGACACAAUCACUGCAUCCUUGCCAUCAAAAAUACAAAAAGUCGAUAGCGUAGCAAGUUCGACCGCCGCGCAAGUUCCUCCACAGAACGACAUCCGUGACACGUCUGUUCAGAACGGACCACCAGUUCUGUCCGUGCUCGACGUCCAUCGAACCGGUGCCAAGUGCGCCCCGGGCGAGGACGGAGACCCGCUGGCGCCGGGUUUGCACUACCAUCACGAAGGAGCCCUGCGCCUGAAGCCAGGCCGUGGUGAGCCCACGCUGUCAAUGAGCUGCAGCGACAAGCUGGCACGCUGGGCUGUGCUGGGCUGCCAGGGAGCGCUACUCUCGCACUUCCUGGUGGCGCCCGUGCGCCUGGAGACCAUCGUGGUGGGCCGCUGCCCCUACAGCCACGCCGCCAUGGACCGCGCGAUUGUGGGCAGGUGGGGCUCAGCAGAGUGCACCACUGCUGGGUUCGGGGUGCGAGACGUUGUCCUCCUGCAGUCCCGGCUGGAGUUCGAGUCAAGCCGGGCACGAGUGGAGGCGACUGCCCCUCCGGAUGGAAAGGCACGGAUUGGGCCCUGUGCAUCCGCUGUAAGUUGGUGUUCCGUGCCUUCAGUGCCCCUUGAGGUCUCCGUCAAUGGACACCGACAGGGAGUGACCAAGAAAAUGCUUGGAACGCCAAAGGCAAGGUGUAAGAUUUGCAAGCUGGAGCUGUUUAAUGAAUUUAAGAAUUUAAAGGAUUCCAUUCCGAAAGACAAACUCCCAGAAUCUCUCAGGGAUUCGGAAGGAAAGUUGCAUAGCUACUGGGACUACAAGCAGGCAGCCAUGGACUAUCAGACAGCCUGGGUUGAACUCAGGCGCAAGGUCUUCUGCACAUGGGUGUCAUCACCAAGAGAGUAUCUUGACUUCACCUAAGCCAUUGACUUGAAGUGGACUAUAUGUAAAGCUGUUUGCUUAAAAGGUUAGCACGACCCAGAAAAGCAAGUUAUUUUCUUAUAGAUUUGUAUAUUUCUGCCUUUGACCAAAUUACUCGCAAUGCGCCCAAUCUCAUUGUAUCUCUGAAGCUAAGCAGAGUUGAGCCUGGUUCGUGCUUGGAUGGACUCUCGUACAGAAAUGCGUUUUAACAAGGUCUCCACAUUCACAUGUCCGACAUGAGUUGUAAAGCUUCGUUCAUGAGAGAAAGGUUUAAAAAUCACAGGCAUAUUCUGAGUUGUAAAGCUUCGUUCAUGAGAAAAAGGUUUAAAAAUCACAGGCAAUAAUCUCUUGAUGCCACUGCACAAAGAAGACUGCAAUGACAGUAAUCAAGUGUGGGAGUCAUGCUGCAAAGAUGUCAGUGCUGUAUAAAGCUUCAACGUUUGUUGUACACCUCAGGACACACAACCUAGUUGCUGUUUUUUUUGGGUUACAUCUUUAUGGCAGAGUAUGAAGACAUCUCAAAUGCAAGCUCAGUGUGAAUCCUCCCGGACUAUCGUGUAUGGUUUCCAACAUGCAUAUUUGCACACAUUUCCUUGGUCCUAGUGUAUCGGACAGAUCAAACAAAUGCAGAUAAAAUGCUGUAAAUUUUCCAACAAUUAAACUUUCAACUAGUUCACAAUGCCUGGUUUAUUAAGGCAUUUAAAGCAUCCUUAAAUGAUGUGUUACAACUUUCCACAAUACAUAUUUCAUUUACUUUAUACAGCUACAAUGUGCAAUGUGAUGAAAACCACCCAGAUGUGUUUGCUAAUAUCUGACUUCCUACUGUGAUGGUUUAAGUUUAUAUAUUAAAAACGUUACAUUUUAUUCAUGGACGCAAAGUGAAUUUCCACACUGUACUUUGUUUUACUUAUAUUGGACGUACAUUCAGACAAUCAAGAACUCGGCAACAGGAAUUGA